AUGGACGAACUACAAGUCCAAGUCUCAGACCUCGAGAAAUCGGACUCAAAUGCAAACAUAGACAGAACUUCCGUCGAGGUCGAGAUGAGCGGCACGCGGGACCCGGUGAACGACACGGCGAAUUCUGGCCCGACGGCACCGUCGGAGCACAGUGAAGCCACACUCGCAGUGCUGGAGGAUACUACUCUGCCCGAUGCGCAACCCGUGGCCGAGUCCCCAACCCCCGCAAAGGAGAUUGCUGGUCGCAAAUUUCUCGAUUUGCUGGAAUCUCCAAUCGUCGAGAUCGUCGUCAGGCGUGAUGAUAGUGAGAUAGUGCUAGCGGCACAUCAGAAUCUUCUCCUAGAGUCGCCUUUCCUCGCCGAAUUCGUGAACAAUUUUGAACCAUCAGGCCCGCGACGCAUCAAUCUUUCGGGCGAGAACGUUGAAGCCCUCGUAUGCUUCCUGCAAUUCCAGUACACUCGGGACUACACCGUACCACCGGCUGAGAUUCCCUCCGAAGGGAUAGAUUCGAGCGGCAAACAGCUCCUACAACAUGCGCACGUAUACACACUGGCUGAAAAACUGGGACUGCCUGCGCUGAAAAACCUAGCGCAUACUAAAAUCCACCUGAUUAAGGGCACACCGAGUGGCGAGCUGGCCUAUGCUCGCUAUGUUUACACCCACACCUCGAAAAACGACACUGCGAUACGCAAACCCAUCGCGUCAUUUUGGGCUACCCGGGGUCAUGUUUUGCGACACGAACUCAAGGAAGAAUGGAAGAAGCUCUGCUUCGAAAUGCCCGACUUCAUGUUCGAUGUGUUGACCAUUGUUCUGGAUCGGAAAGAAAAAGAAAAGACCGGCCAGUCUGAGGCACAGUCAAGUGGCAGGGAUAGCGCUAGAAAACGCCCUCGAAGUGGCGUGUGA